AUGACCAUCCAGCCAAGCAUCGAGACAUUGCAGACGGUGGAGGAGGGCAGGCGCGCCGGCACGACCCUUGCCUGGGCUUUCAACGACCAGAACAACUGGGUCGGCCGAGCGCUGCGGGACGCGGCACCACCCAAGCCCGAUGAGCCGCUCACUCCUCCAGCAGAGCGCGCACUCGUCUCGUGGCGAUCGCACGCGGUUGGAGGUGUUCUCGACCUCGAAGUCUGGGCGUCCAACCCGACCGGCCCUGUGCCCGAAGGAAUCUGGGGCGACGCGCCACGGGAUGUCUACGGCGCGGUCAUGGUCUUCAGCGCGCCGGGCAAGGAGAUGAAGGGAGAGCCCGACGAGCGCAACCCCGACUCGAUUGAGAUGGUCAAGUCGUCAGACCCGGAGAUUGGCGCCGCCGCGGAGACAUUCUUCGGCGACCUGCACAAGCUUGAGGUCAAGGCUUGGGGUCCCACCGCCGCCAAGGACAUCUUCUCCGUCGACUUUCUCGGCACGGCGCCUUGGGCCGAGCGCAAGGGCCUCGCGGGGUCGCUCCUGCGCAAGCUGUUUGAGCGAGCCGAGCGCGAGGGUGUCGAAGUGGGCCUCAUCACCCAGACUGAGAGCAACAUGCGUGCCAAGAGGCGAUUGCGCGAGAAGCGACCAACAGAUGUUGCGCAGGAGGAGGAGGCGGCCCGCGGCAACGAGCCACAGCUAAGCGUCGUCGACUCGGAGCCCGCGAGCACCGUGGCUGGACACGAGCGGAAUCACGACUCCGCACACCACGGCCACGGUUCCAAAGACGAGGAUGGCGAGCGUAACGCAGUGUUCAUCACGCACCGCAAGGAAAAGGUGCACAAGCGCCUGCCCUUCCGCCAGGAGCCUCUCCCGUACGACCGCGAAGUGCGUCGCCGAUGGCUCGCGGCCAACGAAGAGGACCGCGGAAACGACGUGGCGUACUGGGAGCAAGCGUAUGGCCCAUACAUUGCGGAGCAGCACCGUGCCAGCGAGUGGGUAUCGCUGUUCUACGAUCUGGUCCUCGUCGCCGUCCUGUCCACAUUCUCGGCGUCUCACGAGGUGCAGGAGCCCGGGGCCAUCCCCGUCUACUUUUCCUACUAUGUUAUCCUGAUCCGCAUCUGGACCGCCCAGCUGCACUAUGACGCGACGUACGAGGCCGACGACACGUUCCACCGCAUCUUCAAGGCGCUCCAGAUUGCCGUCAUGCUGUACAUUGGCGCCGCAAGCAACGGAUGGCAGCCUGGAAAGGUGCUAGGCGCCGACUAUGUGCCGCAGCUCGACGCCAAGGACCAGGUCAAGCACGCAUCGGCCGCCAGCUCAUUCCUCACCGUCGUGAUCGCGUUCGCCGUCAGCCGCGCGUUCCUCGCAUUCGAGUGGCUCUGUGUCAUCCUCAGCUCGCGCCGCAUCGGCCGCCCAUCCCCCGCGCCCCAGAUCAACGCUGUCACACUCAUCAUCUCGUGCAUCUUCUCCAUCAUCGCUGUGGCACUCCAUGCCACCACCCAGCCCGUGGCCAGUGCCAAGGUCGGCCUGUUCUACGCUGGCAUCUUCGUCGAGAUCGUCGGCGUGUGGAUCCAGCCAGCUCUCCUCAUUGACGGCCCGCUCACUCCCGACGAGUACAUUGCCGAGCGGUACGGCGCUCUGUCGCUCAUCAUCCUUGGCGAAGGCUUCAUUACCCUCACCAAGGUCUUUGGCAACGCACUCGUCGGUCUCGGCCAGUCGCACACCGCCUACUAUGCCCAAGUGUUCCUCGUCAUCCUCGUCAUCUACAACAUCUGGAACUUCAUGUUUUCGCACUUUUCAAAGCACGACACGGUCAACCCGAUGCGGUCGUUCUUCUGGGAGGUGGUCCACUACCCGCUCCACUUUGGCAUCCUCUUGCUCCUGUCGGCAAUGACAAACUCAAUCAUUGGCAACUCGUUCAACGACGGACUGUCGACGACAAUGGACUACUACUUCAAUAUCGCAAGUGCCACGCUCAACGGCACCGAGAUUCCCCCUCAAGUGAUGCGGAGCGCUCAGCAUCACUUGAACCGCCUGAGCAUCCUUCCCAGCUUCGCGACCGAGUACAAGCUCAUCUCGCGCUAUGUCAACCAAACCGACCCGUUGCAGAGCCCCGAGCUCAUGGUCAGCCAAUAUGCCGGGCAAAUUAUUCUCGCUGUGGCUUCGCGCACUGGCGUCGAAGUUGGUGCCGAACCCUUCCGUCUGCUCGAGAAGCUCGUUGCUCUCGACACAACCAGCGCCAACGAAACUGUCGCUGAAGUCGGCGACGAGCUCGUUCAAGAGGUAAUCAAAGAGCUCUCAAACGAAGUCGCACAGGGCCUUCUUUGGCUGUACCCCGUCGCGGGAUGCGUGCUCAUCCUGAUCGCGAUCCGCUCCCUACUCCGGUACAAGUUCAAGGGCCACGCCCAGUGGAUCGUAAACGGCACACAGAUGCUGUUUGGCGUUUUCCUUGCCCUCCUCGGCCUCCUCGACCUCGGCCACCGCAACAUGUGGAGCUUGGUCAGCGACGAGCUGUACCUCACGACGGCCGACACCAACGGGCAUCCCGAGGUCAAAAACAGCAGUCCGCUGUACGCGAUCGCGUGGCAUGGGUGGGCGCUGGCCAUCGUGGCCAUUGUCUACACUCUUAUCAAUGUGUUCACCAAGGUGCUACAAGCCCUUAUGGAGUGGACAGCGGUGCCAGAAGGCGAGGACAAGAGCGGCCGAUGGGCACGACUGCGGCGCGAAGCCACUGCUUGGUUUAGAACGUGGUUCGUGUAGUUCACUAGAUAGAUGAUAGAAUUGCACCAAUGUGACCAAUGGC